AUGAAUAACACUAAGCUAAGAAUAAUUGCAGAUAAAGAUAUAUUUGAGUCUGACGAGUUUAUUACUGGAAAGUUAUCUUUAAAGUCUCGUAUUCCUUUGCCAGUAAAAAAAAUAAAGCUGAAUUUUACAAAAUCUCGAGUAAUGGAGGUUUGUAAAAUUGAGACAUCUGGUAAAAAAGGUAUAAAAUACAGUAAUAAUAAGAAAGAAUAUUCAUAUGAUUUCGAUAUUUACACUUCUCGUAACGAGUUUGAUAAUUUAUCUAGUGGUGCACAUUUAUUUCCGUUUAAAUUUUUUCUUAAAAGUACCGAUAGUUCGACAACGGACAUUAAAGGAAUUUAUUUUGAUUAUCUAGUAAAUAUUAAUAAUUCUUAUACAUUGACAGCCUCUUUAUAUUUAAAUGGUGCUUCAGAAGCAAUAUAUGAAACUACUAAGGAUGUACAAGUGGUAGAAGUUUUUGACAGAACAGAACACUUUCAAACAAAAUUAGAAGUAUCUACAAUGUUAUGUUUAUUGUACAAAACAUAUACUUUAAAAUUUUUUCUUAAUAAACCUUUAUAUUAUUCAGGUGAUAGAUUAAAAUUAGAUGUACAAAUGAAUCGAUCAUUAUUAAAAUUAAUUGAUAAUAUUGAAUGUAAUUUAUAUGAAGUGAUUAAUGUACAUUCUCCUGAAAUUGAUAUUAUAAGAACUAGAUACGUGGUUGGAGGAAAUGCGAUAUUGGAGAAAAAAAGGUAUGCGCUAAGUUUAAAUAUUCCUUCUACUACUCCGACAUGUGUAAAUGAAGAUAUGUUUGGCUUAAAAAUAUUAAUGUUUAUUAAUAUUACAUUUAAAAAUAGUGGACCUAUAAGAAUUAGAAAAUAUUUACAGGUUGUAAAACGAAAAAAUGAACUACCAGAUAUAGAAAAUCUCGAUGUACUAGAUGGUGAAGUUUUUAAUGAAAAAAUUUUCUUAUUGACAUAA